GCGUCCCAUCCAAAUAGGCAAAUGGGGCUUUUUGACAAGCUUGCAGGGUGGCUGGGCCUGAAGAAGAAGGAUGUGAACGUGCUAUGUUUAGGUCUGGACAACAGUGGAAAAACUACCAUCAUCAACCAGCUAAAGCCAUCCAAUGCUCAGGCUCAAGACAUUGUCCCAACUAUAGGUUUCAGCAUAGAAAAGUUUAAGACUUCAAGUCUUUCUUUCACAGUGUUUGACAUGUCAGGGCAGGGCAGAUACAGAAAUCUGUGGGAGCACUAUUACAAGGAGGGUCAGGCCAUCAUAUUUGUGAUUGACAGUGGCGAUAAACUAAGAAUGGUGGUGGCAAAAGAAGAAUUGGAUACCCUUUUGAGUCACCCUGAUAUUAAGCACAGAAGGAUACCUAUACUCUUUUUCGCCAACAAGAUGGACCUCCGGGAUGCACUGUCAGCAGUAAAGGUCUCCCAGCUCUUGUGUCUGGAAAACAUUAAGGACAAACCAUGGCAUAUCUGUGCAAGUGAUGCAGUGAAAGGCGAAGGUCUUCAGGAGGGUGUAGACUGGCUGCAAGAACAAAUUGCACAAUCAAAUCAGAGCGAUGAAAACGUAAAACCCUCCUGAGAUAUAAAAACAGUCAAGGUCACCAGCUGCAAUGGCGGAGCCAGACAAAAAAGAUCUUCACCUUUUGUGCUGAUGUUAAAAUCAAUUAGGUUGGUAGAGUAAAAACAUUUUGGCUUUGAUUAUGGCCCUGUUUGCACUAUGUAUAUGAAUAUCUGUCUCAGUUGAUCUGAUCACAAGUGGUCAGUCAAGACUUUUAUUUUUAAACAUUAUUCUGACAUUUGUUUUCUUUUAAAUCCACACAUAACUAGUGAAGUUUAACCUAUUAGCCCAAUAAUUGAUUGACAGAUUCCCUGUUGUCCAGGAAGCAUAAGAACACAUUCGAAUUUAAACAAAAAAAUUCAAUUUGGCCAUAUACAUUUCUGACUACGGAGUACGAUCAAAAACAUUUCAUCACUUUUGAUCACCUGAGCGAUUAUGCUAAUAACAGGUGUAAAUUUGUCUGUGACGAUGCAUCUAGUAUUUGAUCAUUGCAUCUUCUGUCUUGAUGAAUACAUACACUGCACUUCUCUCUUGAUGAAUUACACUACACUUCUUGGCUGCCAAUGCUGUAAAGUAAUUCUGUUGAGAAACUCACUGUAACAGGUUUCUCAGACAGCAGAGCACAAUGGCUAAUAUUUUAUAGCUUAGCUAUGUUGUUGAUUGGAUAGAAAACAUUGUAUGCAUGUUGCCUCUAAAUAGUAUGAAAAUGAAAAAUUAUCCUAAUUAACCUCAAACGGUCACAAACGAAAUGUUUCUCUUUGUUCUGGAAUUAUUUAUUUUCCAUAAACUUUUUGUUUUAAAAACAUAUGUAAAGGAAUUGUUGCUGCAUUUUUGUCUUGUGUUUUGACAAAGUACAUUUUCACAUAUUAACUUAUAUUCUACACAAACCGUUUUUAGCUGAUUUUUAGCAAUGUGUUUUUUUUUUCUUGUUGUUUUAUUCAUUAAUAAGGGAUCUUGUAAUAGAAUGUUUAAAAAAUGAACUAAAUCUGGGGCUUAGUCUGAGUAUGAAUGCUAUCUCCAUACAGUAUAUGUCUCUCUCUCUGUAUUUUAUUUUUUCAAUAAUCAACUGACCGGUCAAUGCCAAA